AUGAGUAACUUAGCCACCACUCGUUUAGCGCAAGAGAGAAAAAACUGGCGGAGAGACCAUCCGUACGGUUUCGUCGCAAAACCAGAAACAAGGAACGGAACGGUCGACCUCAUGCAGUGGAAGUGCGUGGUGCCUGGAAAGGCAAACACGCCUUGGGAAGGCGGAGAAUUCCCGAUUACGAUGACGUUUCCGAAAGAGUAUCCCGUGAAACCACCGAGAGUGAUGUUACCGAGAGGGUUUUUCCAUCCGAACGUGUAUCCAACGGGAUUGAUUUGUUUAUCGAUUUUGAACGAGGAGAAAGGGUGGAAGGCGUCGAUUUCGGUGAAACAAAUAUUAGUCGGGGUGCAAGAUUUGUUGGAUAACCCGAACAACGACGACGCGGCGAACUCAGCGGCGUAUUCAGCGUUGAAGAAGAGCAAGGUGCAGUACGAGAAAAGAGUUAUAGAAGAAGUUAAGAAGUAUUCGAAGAAUUACGUGAUGGACGACAACGACGUCAUCGUGAUGUAA